UUGCUCACUUGAGCCUUCUCUCCUCUCUCUCAAAGACAAAAACAAAAUAAUUAUCCUGAUUUUAUAGUUAAAAUUUAUAAUUCAUGAACUUUGCAUUUAAGAUUGAAUUAAUAUCUUAGAGAUGUCUCAAGAAUCUUUGUUUUUUCUCUUAGAAAAAUAACAGUGAUAAUGUUAAUAACUCACAAGAAGACGAUACACAACUGGACAUUCCCUUUCUAAGCCACACGUGAUUACUUUAUUGGAAUGAUGGAAAGAGUCCUGGACGAUAGUGAGGGAAGAUCAAAGAAGACAACGCACAGGAUGAGAAAGAUCCAGUCUGCAAACAACACAUGCCAGAGAGUUUGGGGGAGAUUACCAUCACCUGCAGAUGGAACCAAAAGAUGAGAAAACUUGUGACACAUUCCAAGUGCUGAAAGGGGAAAGUGAGAUUUUCAGUCGAAGGAUGAGACAGCAAUAAAGAAAUGCCCACCAUUGAGAAAUAUACAUCUUUUGCUUUACAUCCGAGAAUUCUUAAUAGAGAGCAAUCAUAUGAAUAUCAGGAAUGUGGGAAGACUUUUUGUCAGUACUCAAACCCUGUUCAACGCGAGAGAACACAUUCUAGUGAAAAACCCUACAAAUACAAAGAAUGUGGGAAGAACUUUAGUAAUGGACAUCGGCUCACUGUACAUCAGAGAUUUCAUACUGGUGAGAAACCUUGUAAAUGUAAGGAAUGUGGGAAGUUCUUUAGUACUUUUUCGUACGUUGUUCAACAUCAGAGAAGUCACACUGUUAAGAAAGUCUAUGAAUGUAAAGAAUGUGGGAAGGCUUUUAUUAGAGGCUCAGGCUUUGUUAAACAUGGGAGAAUUCAUACUGGCGAGAAACCAUAUGAAUGCAAGGAACGUGGGAAGACCUCUGGUAGUAGCCAUUUUACUGUACAUCAGAGUAGUCAUACUGCUAAGAAAGCUUAUGAAUGUGGGGAAUGUGGAAAAGCUUUUUAGAGUAGCUCAUACCUUGUUCAACAUCAAAGAAUCCAUAGCGGUGAGAAACCCUAUGAAUGUAAGAAAUGUAGGAAAGAUUUUAUAGUGUAUGGAAAACUUCUUCAGCAUCAGAGUAUUCAUACUGAAAAACCUUUUGUGUGUAAAGAAUGUAGGAAGGCCUUUAGUACCUUCUCAUACCUUGUUCAACAUCAGCGAAUUCAUACUGGUGAGAAACCCUAUGAAUGUAAAGAAUGUGGGAAGGCCUUUAGUAGUAGCUCACCCCUUGUUAAACAUCAGAGAAUUCAUACUGGUGAGAAACCUUAUGAAUGUAAGGAAUGUGGAAAGGCCUUUAGACUUAGUUCAUUUCUUAAUGCACCUCAGAGAAUUCAUGCAGGGGUAAAGCCCUAUGAAUGCAAGGAAUGUGGGAAAGCCUUUAGUCGUGCCUCAUACCUUGUUCAACAUGAAAGACUUUAUACAGGUGAGAAACCCUAUGAGUGUAAGGAGUGCGGGAAGGCCUUUAGUUCUGGCUCUUACCUAGUUCAACAUCAGAGGAUUCAUACUGGUGAGAAACCCUACGAAUGUAAGGAAUGUGGAAAGACCUUUCGAGUACAUGUACAUGUUACACAGCAUCAGAAAAUUCAUGUCGAUGUGAAACCCUAUAAAUGUAAGGAAUGUGGAAACAGUUGUGCCUCAUACCUUGUACAAUGUGGCAGAAUUCAUACUGGUGAGAAACCCUAUGAGUGUAAGGAGUGUGGGAAGGCCUUUAGUUCUGGCUCUUACCUAGUUCAACAUCUGAGAAUUCAUACUGGUGAGAAACCCUUUGAAUGUAAGGAAUGUGGCAAGACCUUUAGACUUAAUUCCUUCCUUACUGAACAUCAGAGGUUGCACACUGGUGAGAAACCCUUUAAGUGUAAAAAAUGUGGGAAGGACUUUAGAUACAGUUCAGCCCUUAAAGCAAUCAGAGAAACCAUAUGGGUGUAAAACCCUAAGAAUUUAAGGAAUUUGGGGAGUCCUUUAUGUAUGACUCAAACAUUACUUAGCAUCAGAAUUUAUGCUAAUGAGAAACCUGUAUGUAAAAAAUCUUGUAGGCCUUUAGAAAAUAUUCUCGUAUUACAGAAUUCAUAAUGGAAUUCAGAAAACAUAUGAAAGCCUUCAUUUGUCAUUCUUGUGUUUAUAACAUCAGAAUAUUC